CCUCUACUUUAUAUUUAUUUCUUUUCAAAUUUUUUUUUUGUGUUUAAUUUUAAGUUGAGCCCAGAAAAGAUUAUACAGGAACAAUUUACGUCCCGAACUUUCAAUAAAACCCCUGCGUAUUCUACUGCCAUCCUCCAGUUAUCCUGGAAACAAAAAAUGAAUGUUUGCCGAUUGUGUCUGGCAAAAGAAGCAGAUUUUGCUGUUUUCGGUAAUGGCACGGCUGCCCUGAGGAUAAUGGCCUGCACAUCGCUGGAGAUCGAGCCCGGUGACGGUCUGCCACAGCACAUAUGCCCUGCCUGUCGGCUACGCCUGGAGGAGAUGCACUGCUUCCGGCGGCGAUGCCAUGCGGCCGAUCGACGUCUGAGGCGCCACAAGGCGCUGCAGCGGCAGGGGGUCAAAUUCAAACUGGAGGAGAUGGGCGAGGAGCACGCUGCCCUGCAGGACGUGGCAGGAUGCACAGCGACAGCCUGCUCGGAGAGCAAUGCCCAGUGGCGCCUGCAGGCUGCCCAGCUCAUUCGCACCGAGAUCGAUGCCUACAAAAAGGAGCUCCUCAGCACCAGCAAACAGGCUGUACGGGCGGAAAUCGAACUGGAGCUCCGCACGGAACUGGAGGAGGUGAUCCUGGCCGAGGCCAAGAAGCAGUUGCGCCUGAGCGUCCUCGACGACGUCUUCUACGAACUGGAGCGCUACUUUGUGCGCAAGCGCAACGAGACGGCCUUCGGGCAGGUCAAUGAAACCGAGAGCAUAGCCUCCGACUCCGAGAUUCGGAUGGGCUCGAGCAGUCAGCUGGCUGAAGACCAAUCCGAUGGAUUCUACGAAGCCGAGGCUGGCGAGGAUCUAGUGGAAUCCAAAGAUAUAAGCGUGGUGGAGCUACUGGACGAUGAACCAGAGACCAGCAGUCAGGCAGCACCCGCACCUCUGGAUGCCGUACCCAUGGUCGAGAUUAACAUGAACGACCCCCAGCUGAGUCAUCUACGCGAGGAGUUCAACAAAGACGCCUUUCUGGACACUUCAAAGUCUCCCAAGAAGAUUGUGAAAACCCCGUCCCCUAGGCGCAAGAAAGUCCGAUUUGAAAUCCCCAAGAAGACGCCCGAGAAAAUCUGCGGGAAGCACAGGUCCUGGACAAAAAGAUACUCCCAGGUGCCCGCCGACUCCGCCAGUUGUGUGCGCUGCCGUCUCAGGGGAGCGGAUAAGCUUAAUAACUCAGUGUCCUAACCAGCAAUGCUGUUUUCAAAAAUGUGUUUAACUCUAUUUCGCAUAUUUAAUUUUUUCAAAACUGCUGUUUUAACGUAUAUCUACUAAGAAUUUUUCUGUGCACGUAUGUUACUAAAAGAUACUUAAACUAAGCCAUUUGUUCAAACUGGUUUGCUGAAAACAAAUUAAUUUUAUGCUCUCCUUGCAUUCUCAAUGUCUCCAUAUAGA